AUGUUGAGACACUUUACAAAUGGCAAGAAAUUGGUGAGGCAUACAGUCACUCGAUUUGCCACUUCAUUUCUGUCUUUGGAAAGACUUUAUGAAGAGAAAGGAAAUCUAAGAAGAAUGUUCACCUCGGAUGAGUGGGUAAGGAAUAAGUUGUCAAGGAAGGCAAAUGGGAGGGAGGCAACAAAGAUUGUUAUUAGGCCCUCCUUUUGGAAUCAUGUCAAGUACACCCUUAAGAUCAUGGGUCCUCUUGUUCGAGUGCUUCGACUUGUUGAUGGGGAGAAGAAGCCAUCGAUGGGUUAUAUAUAUGAAGCAAUAGAGAAGGCAAAAUGGACUUGCCAACUUCAUCGCCCGUUGCAUGCAGCCAGUCAUUUCCUGAAUCCGGAGUUGUUUUAUGAUAAUCCUCGCAUUGAGCUGGAUUUAGAAGUUACAAAGGGGUGGUUUGAGUGCAUCACUAGAUUGGUGCCAAUUAUAGCUGUGCAAGAGAAGAUAUUGGAGGAGCAAGCACUAUAUAAGAUUCAUACUAAAAGAAGAAAUAGGCUUGAUCAUGAAAGGAUGGAGAGUUUGGUAUUUAUAAAAUAUAACCAACAGCUUAUCGAAAAGUACAACCUUAAAGAUGAAGUUGACCCUAUUACACACAAUGACAUUGAUGAGUGUAAUGAGUGGCUUGUUGGAGAACUUGGGACUGCCACCUUUCAAAGUGAUGAUAAUGUGAAAGAUGAUGCUGAUUUGGUUCAUGAAGGUGACAACACUUUGAGUUGGAACCUUGUGUUUAAAGCAAUGGGAGGACAUGAGCUUAAUGCAAAUACUAGGAGAAGACAACAAAAUAGAAAAAGGAAAGAACCUACAGCUCCAAAGGGUGGACCAAGUGGGUCUAAGGCCUCAAAAAAAGGAAAGGCGUUGCUGCAUUAA